AUGGAAGCCGCCGCCAGAAGAUUCUUCACCUCACCGUACUUUGCGGUGGUUGGCGCAAGUCAAGACAAGAGCAAGUUUGGGUACAGGAUAUUGGCGUGGUACCAUGUCUACUCGCUGCCGGUGACACCAAUCAAUCCGACUCGGCCAUCGAUAUCCCUGCCAUCCAAGACAUACCCCACCGUGCCGACGGUCACGGCUCUUCCUCACCCGUCCCAGACGGCACUGUCAUUUCUCACGCCGCCUGCAGUCACGAGGAAAGUCCUGGAGGAGGCUAAGGCGGCCGGAGUGAAAGCUGUGUGGCUACAGCCGGGGAGCUUCGAGGACCAGGACCUAGAGUACGCCAAGGAGAACUUUGAGUCGGCCGUGGGAGGGUUUGAGGACGGCACGGUGGGCGGAGAGGGCUGGUGUGUGUUAGUCGACGGCGAGAACAUGCUGAGAGCAGUAGGCAGGAAGUUUGAGAGGCAGAAGCUGUAG